AUGUCUCUUGAAGUAGAAGAGAUUUUGGAGCAAGAAGAACAGACAGAAGAGCCAACACCAAGAACAAAUAAAGGAAACUCAAGGGAUAAAGAAACUGUAGCUAAGAAGGCCCCGCGAACAUUCCUUGAGCUCUUAAAUGAGGCAAACCUGGAGUCAUUGCCUCCUCAUGUGCCCUCCUACUUCAGAGCAGCUGUGGGACCUCCAAGCCCUGUCACUCGACGCCAUUUUUGCACAGUUUGUGGGUUUUCUGCAAACUACACAUGCAUACAAUGUGGAAUGCGUUUCUGUUCAAUCAAGUGCCGGGCUAUCCACAAUGAUACUCGUUGCCUGAAGUUCGUUGCUUGA